AUGAGUAGUUUACAAAAGCUGGAUGAUGAAGCAUAUAAGUGGCUUAAAAAGGAAAAUGCACACUACUGGAGCAAAUCGCAUUUCUCUGAGCACCUAAAAUAUGACAUUUUGCUGAAUAACUUGUGUGAGGCAUUCAAUAGUGCCAUACUGGAUUCGAGGGAUAAACCUAUUCUGACUAUGUUGGAAACUCUGAGAAUGUAUAUGAUGUUGAGGAUGGCUAAACAAAGGGAAGCAUGUGACAAAUGGCAUGGUGAUAUUGGGCCAAGGAUCCAUACGAUCCUUGAGAAGAAUAAGGUAGAGAAGCAGAACUACAUUACUCAUUUGGCAGGACAAAAAAUGUAUCAAGUGGUGCAUACGUGUGGGGUUCAAUUUGCAGUUGAUCUGGCUAAGCACACUUGCACAUGUAGAGGGUGGAAUUUGAUUGAAAUUCCUUGUGGACAUGCAAUAGCUUGCAUUUGUAGAAGGCAUGAAGAUCCUGUCAAGUAUAUACAUUCACGUUAUAAGAAGGCAUCAUGGAAAAGGGCUUCUGGACCUUUUAUUCACCCUAUAGCCAAUGAAGAGUUGUGGGAACACACUAACUUUCCUCCCAUUUUGCCCCCUAUGUAUCAUAAGCAACCUGGGAGACCCAAAAAAGUGAGGGCAAGAGAAAAAGAUGAGAAACCAGUAGCAUCUACUGGAUCUAAGCUAUCAAGAUCCUUCCAUGUCAAAAUAAAAUGCUCCAUUUGUGGGGAGCAUGGCCACAACAAGAGAAAGUGCGAUAAAAAAGGUGGUGCCAACAAUAUCAAUAAGGUAAAAAGACCAAGGGCAUCAAGAGGCCAACCAAGCACUAUCAGUGAACAAACAAUUCAACCAAAUUUAGCAAAUACAUCAACAUACCAACCAAGCUCUAGCUUGCCAAUGGAAUCACAACCUGUUUCUUCUGUGACAACCAACACAACAAGGAAAUUUAAGCUCAAGUCUCCUACUAAGAAGACAAAGAAUUAG